CAUUCGUUUUCGAUGUCUCUUGUCGCGAAAAGCACGCCGGAGCAAUCGGUCGCGUAGAAUAUGUUAAAGCACCGUUCGAGAAGAGUGAGCAAACUUUAAACUAUACGAUCAUACACCAUCCAUACGUAACCGGACGAGCCCAGGGUGUGCACGUGUGCAGUUUUGUUUACGCCGUCAGCAGUGAGCCGCAAUGUUUUUCAAAGAUGAUGACGUGCGCACUACCGAUACCACCACGUGGUGUCCAGCCGAUUUGAUCGACGCUAGCUUUGGCGAGGAUGGAUUGGCGGUGAUUUUGCUGAAUCGACCUAUACUGCUCCAUAAGGAUUAUUUCCGAUCGGUUUGGAAUAAUGCGAAAGUGCGGAUUACCGUUGACGGCGGAACUAACCGGUGGGUUGAUUUUGUGAGAGAACAUCCCAAUGCUGACGAAGAGCUGAAACCACCGGAUCUGGUGACGGGGGAUUUUGAUUCCUGUACCGAUGAGUCGAUGUCGUACGUGACUCGGUUGAAUUGCAGGAUCAUCAAAACUCCCGACCAAAAUGCUACCGACUUCACCAAAUCCCUCAAGGUCCUGCAGAGUACUGGCUUCGCUAGCGAAAUUCGCCGCGCACUGGUGCUGUGCGAGAGUUCCGGCCGGUUAGAUCAAAUUAUGGCCAACAUCAACACCUUGUUCCUAGCACGUACCAUCCUGCCUGACGUAUCCGUCUUUCUACGAUCGAGCAAUUCACUAAGCUGGCUGCUCCCGUCGGGCAACCAUCGAAUCGAGAUUCCUUCCCGGUUGGUGAACGAACGUAUCUGGUGCUCACUGAUACCGAUCGGACAGCGCGCCGUCUGCACGACCAGCGGCCUGCACUGGAAUCUGGACAACCGGGUGAGCGAGUUUGGCAGCAUGGUAAGCACCUCGAAUACCUACUCGUCCGAGGAAGUUCGCGUCCGUACCGACAGUGCCGUCCUCUGGUGCAUGGGGACCACCCCGAAAGACAUGUGAUAACCGCAGCUGAAACUGAAGAGUAUUUAUGCAGAUAUGACUAAAUGGACCGACAAACCAAUCUACCAACCAACUAACCGUUGUUACUUCUCUCAUGGGACUGUAGGGUGCUUGACAUGAUUCCUUUAACUUAAUUGUGUGCUUAGUGUUUUUUUUUUGUUAAUAAAAUUUUGAU